UCUCCCCCAAUCACAAACCAUUCCCAAACCCACCAUUUACCAAUCCCCCGUCGUCUUGGUUCAAAUACCUGAGUCUAUAUGUACCCCCUACAACCCUUGCCCCCCUGUUCGUUCUACUGCCCUGCCCCUUCCACUAUCUCAUAACCAUAUUCCUCACUUCGAGUACCGCCUCUUCUUCCUACCGGCACAUUGUCCGCUAUCAUUCAAUGCCCUUUGCCUUUUUAUGUCUGCCCUCUCCGCUAGGAGACAAUUAGGAACAAGAAGUCAGCGGAAGUCCGCCCCCAGAGGCCUCGAACCAGACGCGCAAAACUUGCUGUUACCUUCGCUUGUUCUGCAACACCCCCCCCACCAUCAACAGGGUCCUGCACCUCAUCAGCACUUGCAACGGCAAUCGCACCCUCAGCAUCAGCACCCGCGAUCCUCGAGCAUCGGCCAUCCGCAACAUCACUCACAGCAACCUUCGCAGUCUCAGAACCCCCCUGCCUACACGCAAGGACAUAGCAUCACGUCGCCCUACAGCCAACCAGCCGCGCAAGCCAACGCAGCUCAAUCUGCCCAAGACGGCCUACCCUACUAUACCCACCCGAGUCCAUACAGCACGCCAGGCGCAACAAGCGGGUACACAUCCGCAGAUACGUCCGACAUGAUGGCGGCCGCUCAGAUGCCGCGACCACCAUACCCCCCGAUGUCCUACCACACUCCCCAGUCCAACUCGCCGGCAUCGGUCGCGUCUCCAUCACAACAUGACCAACAUCGGAGCAUCUACGCUCAGCCGCCGUCACAGCACCUCCCGCAGAAUAUGUACUACCAAACUCACCAGGCGCAUUAUCAGACGAUGCAACCCCAGCCACAGCAAUCGCCUUAUGCGCAACACGCACAUGCACACGCGCAAGCACAAGCGCACGCACACGGGCAUGCGCACGCCGCACAUCCGCAUCAGUCCAUGUCGUCACAGCAGAGUAUGAUGAUGUCGCAAGGCCAGCAACAACCACAGAUGCACCAGCAAUCGAGCCAGCAUCAUCCCCAACAGCAGCAACAGCAACAUCAACAACAACAACAAGCCCAGCCUCAGAUGACCAACAGCCCGCGUCACGUGAAGCAAGAGCCGCAGUCCCAGGUACCCCUGCAACUCCAGAAACCGCAACCCCCGCCCAUGGGCCACAGCCCCCAUCCUCCCAACGGCUCGGCCAUGUCGACGCCAACGGGUUCGACGUCUGGAGGCGUCAAUCCCAACGCGGCACCCGGGCCCAUCCCUGCCACCACGCCGCUGGUCGUGCGGCAGGAUCAAAACGGGGUACAGUGGAUAGCCUUCGAAUACUCGCGGGACCGCGUCAAGAUGGAAUACACCAUUCGCUGCGACGUCGAGUCGGUCAACACGGACGAGCUAUCGCAGGAGUUCAAGACGGAGAACUGCGUCUAUCCGCGAGCCUGCGUGCCGAAGGACCUGUACCGCGGUAACCGGCAAGUCUAUGAAACGGAGUGCAACACGGUUGGGUGGGCACUGGCGCAGCUCAACCCCUCGCUGCGGGGCAAGCGCGGUCUCAUCCAACGCGCCGUCGACAGCUGGAGGAAUAGCAACCAAGACCCCCGGCUGCGCAGCCGGAGAGUGCGCCGACAGGCCAAGAUGAACACGCGAAAAGCCAGCCAGCAGGCCCCUCACCAGCCGCAGCACAUGGGCGGUCCUAGCCCUCCAGGGAUGCCGCCGACUCCUGGGGCCAUGGGACCGGGUCAGGGCCCGUCCGGUUCGGCCAAGAUGCCCGGGAUGGCCAGCAUGGGCCACAUGGGGCAUGGUGGUGCUCAGGGCGGAGCGGACGAAGUCGGUAUGUUCCAUCAGAUGUGAUUUGAAGAGCCCCCGCGCAUCUGCUGCCAAUUGCCACCCUGUUGUUGAUCGUCGUUGUUGAUCGCUGCACCACACCGCACCGCACUACACACCGAUACCCAACAACUCGAAGCCGUGUUGAAUCAUGUGAUACCACUUUUAUAUACACCUUUUCUUCUUUCUUUUUCAUUUCCCUCAUCAUCACUUGCACAGGCCUGCCAUGUUCUGCCUGUAACUUGAGGAAUUUGUGCCUUU